CGAGUGGCUUCAUCUGUCAACAAGAGGCUGGGGAGUGAGUCAGUCCGUAGUGCCCUCAGUUUCUCUAACUAAAGUUUGAUAAGUUUUGACCAGUGGAGGGCUCGCGUGUCCCUGCCAGCCAGCAUGACGGUGGCUGAGUUCUUCGGGUGUGGCCUGAUCGCCUUUGGUCCUCCAGCAUCUAUGUUCGCCCUCACCAUAGCACACGAUCCCAUCAGGACCAUCAUGCUGGUGGCCAGUGCAUUUUUCUGGCUGUUGGCAUUGCUCUUCUCCUCCAUCCUGUACUGUGCCGUUGUACAGCUGCAGGACACGUUAGCAUUCGGAUUGGUGUUUUCUGUGUUAUUUCAAGAACUGUUCAGGUUCCUGUGGUUCUUGCUGAUCCAGAAGGCUGAGGGAGGACUGAAGAAAGUCAGCGAUGGAAAUGUCCAAAUUGUUGAGAACAAGCACAUCUUAGCAUAUGUGUCGGGCCUCGGGUUUGGCAUCAUCUCCGGCGCGUUCUCCUUGGUCAACGUCCUGGCUGACAUGACUGGCCCUGGCACCAUUGGCCUCUUCCAUGACCCCCAGAACUUCUUUGUUGCCUCAGCUAUGACCAGUUUGGCUUUCAUCCUGCUGCACGUGUUUUGGGGCAUUCUCUUCUUCAAUGCCAUUCAUCGGCGUGUCUACCUACAGCUGGCAUAUGUGAUCCUCUGUCAUCUCCUUGCAUCCUGCAUUACACUCUUGAACCCCAGGUACUCUAUCACACUGCCAACCAUAUGGAUUCUUACUGGGCUGUCGGGGGUGUUUGCCUUUAUUGUGGCUGGUGGCUCUCACAGGACCAUCCGGGCUGCUGUUAAGGGUACCACCACCACCACCUCCUCCACCAGAGUCCUUCAAGUCAACGUUAAUGAAGGAGCAGACAAUUCCUCUAGUGCAGGUCACUCCUCUCUGCUGAGCAUUCAUGAAGAACGGUGAUGCUGCUUCUGAUGUUGAGGUAUUGGCUGAAUAAAGCAAGAUACAGCAUUAUGACCAUCACCUGUAAGAACAAUCAUUUAGUGCCCAGGUGAAGAGGUUGUCCCAAGCGGGUGACAUUAACCUUAACGUGCCAUGCUGUCCUUAACAGACUCUCUGCUUUGGAGCAAUGUUGGUAAGAAAGCAUCUGAGAAAGAUGAUAGUUAUGAUGUCAGGAUAUGACAAUAGAAAAUGUGAUCUUGGAUAAUUUAUUCUUCUUCAGAUUAAUAAUUGUGAGGUAGUGGGAUAGCUGCUGCUCUUCAGUCUUUAUAAAGUAACUACACCUCUGUGGUGGAGGACUCAUUAUAUAGAAGGUGUCUUGAGAGGAAAGUCACACAUUAUCAGACAUGAAUGUGCUAAGAAUUGAUGAAAGGAAGAGGAGAGAGUAGCAAUGAUGUGUGUUGGUAUCAUGAGGAUGUAACUUCAUUACUUAUCAAGGUUUAUCAACAUAUAAUGUAAUUAGAAAGCGCUUUGUUGUAGGAAGUAAUAGCUAAAACAUUAUUAACGUUAUAUGGCAACGUUGACCAACUGGACAUUGCAGGAUGGUCCAUGUGCAGCCAUUUGCUACUGAUGCAUGUCUUUAUUUUUAUAUCCUGGAACUUGAAAACCAUGGCAUUAAAAACAUUUUAUGACUGAAUGAUUUACUCUUUAAUUUCUGAGAAUACAUUCCUUUCCUCCCAGAACAUCCUGUAUAUGUAUGAUAAUUUAAAAGUAAAGAUUGAGUGUGAUUUUGUGUAGUGAUUCGGUUCUGCAUAAUACUAUGUAUUUUUCUGUUAAGACCCACACAUUUAUUGUAGUGAGAUUAAGGCCUGGAUAUUCAUGGUUGUUGAACUCAUUAAAAUUGUUAAAUUAUUUAAAAGAGUACCAGCAUCUAGUUUAAGAUCUUUAUUCAUUUAUUGCAAAUUAAUAUAAACCUGGCUAUGAAUUGAAAGAGGCUGGGGUGAUUUAUAAUGGUCUGAUAGUGGCUGGGAUGGAUUGGAAUGAUAUGAGAGCCUAUAUGUUUUGCAAUACAAGAUAGUGAUAAGACUUGAUAAGACUUAUUAGGGACUUCAGGCUAAUCAUAGAUUAGUUUACAGUGUUGUAUGGAAACUUUUCUGUGUAGAAAGUGAUAUGUGCCAGUGGUACUAAAGUAAUUACACUCCAGCCAUUUGAUUCUAUAAUGAACAUUUUAUAUGCAUGUAUUAUGCAUAGAAUCAGUCAUAAUGGUGGAUGUGAUAGGUAAUUGUUGGUGCACCAGAAGACACUAUUAACUAAAGACUUUCUAUCUGGAGUUGACUGACUGGAAAUGUGAGGGUGUGUACUUUUGGAUUUCUUCAAACAUGAUUUAAAUUUCCCAUAUGCUGUAAUUACAUACUUUUAGAUAACUGUAUUUCAGUACCUCACUAUCAAAUGAAUUUUGUUCUUAAAUUAGAUAUAGUGAAUUAUGACAAAGAAGUACAAUACUUAACUUUGUUUAUUUUUAAAGUGCAUAUUGAAAUUCUUAUUAAACUUGCUGUAUUUCAAAUGAUUGCUAUUUUUGCUACAUCAUUAUAAUAAAGCUGUAGCUAAGA